ACUAGCGCCACGCUACGGAUUAAUUCCAACUGGCGACAUUAACGAACACAACCAUUGCAUACGCUUGGAUAGGAAGUCAGAGAGGAAAAAAAAUGUACAGAAAUGAAAAACGAACAAACCGAGCAUAAUUUGUGACCACGUGACGUAUCAUGGCAGAACAUCACGGAUUUCACGGAUAUUGUGCUGAAAUUUGACGUUUACCUCAAUUUUUUUAAUAUUUCCAUACAUCCUUAAAACAGCCUUUACUUUCUGAAAUAUGAAAUUAAUUAUGUAAAUAUCCAAAUCCUUAGAAGAUCUAUUAAUGCAUAAUUAGAUUAUAAUUUUCAUUAAACAAUGAAUGAAGAUACAAAUGAAGAUAUAUCUUAUUUAAGUUGCGAUAUAAAUGGUACAAGAUACAUUUGUAAAAUAGCACCGACGGACAUUAUAAAAGAUGUGACAUCUAAUGAAGAGCAAAACACGGUUGAUAUGGUCAAUAUGGAUACUGUUAAGGAAACAGAGCUAGAAAAAGAAGAAGAAGAAUCAAUAUCGCUGAUUUGUCUGAAUGGACAAGUGUAUGCAUUUCAAAAUGGAAUAUUUCAAGAAUUAGAUACUAACCAGAUCGUAGAGCAAACAGAUUGUCAUGAAAAAACACUUUUAGUUACUAAAGAUAUGGAAAAUUGUGGAAAUGAGUAUCUUAGUAACGAAAAUAUAGUAAUCGAAAAUGCAUAUGAACAGUCUGAAGAACAGUAUGAAUCCGUUACAGAAGAGAAAGACGUUGUUAUGGAAGAUGAUAACGUUAAUGCUGAUGAUUUUGUAGAAAUUGUUACAGCUUUCAAAUGCAAAAUAUGUACUUACAUGACCCAAGAUAAAAUACAAUUACUAAAUCACAUUCAGAAAAUACAUUUAAAUUCUACUGUAGAUAUUGAGCCAAAAGAAGAAUCUAAAAACAUGGGGGAAGUAAGAAUAGUGUAUAUGUGCACAGAAUGUUCCAAUUGUUUCCCUUCUUUUGAAGACUGCAGAGGACACAUGAUUAAUGAUCAUCAAUUAACAGACAUUGGAAGUGAUGAAAUUGGGAAAGAAAAUUUGACAGAUCUGACAAAUCCCAUCUUGAUGACCGAACAUGUGGGCCAGCAUAUUGAAAACAAUGAGGUAGAACGUCCUGUAAAAAUUUCAAAAUCUAUAAGUUCAGAAUAUAUACGUAACAAGAAAAUGAUAGAAUCCACAGAGAGAACUGUAAAAUGUUCGUAUCAGGGCUGUCCAUACAAGUUCACUUCACAGGAAAUUAUGCAGCAGCAUAUUCUCUGUCACAUAGAAUCUGAGACAGUGACAACAUUCAAAUGUACCAUAUGUCGUGAUAUGAAGUUCGCAAAGUGGCGUCCAUGUAGUUUACAUUUAUGGAAGAAACAUCAAAUUGACAUAGGUUUGUUCACUUGCAAAAUAUGUAACACUUACAAAAGUGCUACUAUGGUGAAACUCUUAACACACAUGAGAGUGCACAGUGACACUCGGGAAUAUGAAUGUCCUGAAUGUGGAAAAUGUUUCAAACAAGCUAGUCAAUUGCGCAAUCAUCGAGUGAUGCAUUUAGACCGCAAAACAUCAGAAGUAACUCGAUGGUACACCUCCAAGAAGUGCGAUAUAUGCGGUAAAACUUAUGCGAAUUCGAAAUGUUUAAAGAAUCACAUUCAAGCUGUACAUUCAAAACUACGUCCGUAUGUUUGUAACAUCUGCGGCCACACUAGCGCUAGGAAGGCGAUGCUGGAAAUGCACUUGCGUCAACAUACAGGAGCCAAACCAUUCAGUUGCGAGAUUUGCGAAUACAAAACUGGAGACCAUAACACCUUACGGCGGCAUAUUAUGCAACAUACAGGAUUCCGACCGUAUAAAUGCCCGCAUUGUUCUUACACUGCAAUACAAAGCAGUAGUUAUAAAAAUCAUCUAAAAUCGAGGCAUCCCUUGUCGUCUGGCUUAUUUACAUGCGACCUGUGUCCUUUUAAAACGGUCAAGAAUGAAAGUUAUAUUCAGCAUGUAACAAACCAUGAAAAUGGCUUGAUAAAACCUAACGUACCGAAAAAAGAUGGUGAAAAUGUUGAAGUCUUUCCUGGUAAUAUUGCAGCAGCGCAAUUAGUUUAUAGCUGCUUGGGUGCCUUUUCAAAAGACGGGGAUACGUUAGAAGCUAAUUUGAUGUCUUCCUCAACGUCUGCUGAUGGUACUUCGCAAACAAUUACGAUACAAAUACCAUCGAAACAUCUCGAAGGUUCACUGUCAACAAGAGAAAAUUUAAACAAAAGUUCUACAAUUGAGCAAGAGGACGAUGAAACGAUGCAUUGCUUCUUAAAAAUUCCUAGAGAAGAAGAAGAAAGUAUAGAUACUGGUGGUAUAACGAUACCGGCAGAACCUGAGGAAAGAAAUGUAAGAACAAUUGAUAUUGAAGAGACAAGCGUGAUAAACAGUGAUAUUGAAGAGACGAGCGUAACAAACAUUGAUAUUGAUUCGUGAAAUCAUGCAAAUCAAUAAUAAAGAAUUAAUGUCAGAAUUAAUAAAAUGACUUCCAAUAAGUUUAAAAUAAA